AUGAUCGCUGAGCCUGCACACUUUAUUGAUGGAAAUCCACCAUUCCUUUUCGUGGACAUUAGUCAUCCCACGAUUGAAGAUCCAAGAACUAGAGAAUUACCAUCGGUUAGUCUCAACUUCCAUGAUAUUCAACGUAGUGUUCAAAUUGGCUCAGUGACGUAAGUAGUCAAAAUUAAUAUCUUGGAUUUUGACUAUAAUUCAAAAUAUUUCGACUCAGUAGAAGAACAUGUGCAACAGGUGUUUCGCGUAGUUUAUUGCAGAACUCGUGUUACUUUCAUGAAUUUAAAUCUGUUCGAAAGCGGUGUAGUUGAUCAUAUUUGUUCGCGCAAACUAUCACUGACACGUGAAUAUUACUUUAAUACUCUUAGCCACAAACGACCAUAUCAAAUAUGUAUGAAAAAUAGGAAUAUUUGUUCGUUAACAGAGUUAGUAUAGAACAGUUAGUAUAUUACCGUUUAUUCAAUGUAUUUAAUAGAUAAACUGAAUUUUGAAUUUUUUUUCUUUUAUAUUUAUCUCUUAAUAUGUGUUUAAUAUAGGUGUUGGCACGAGGCCUUACCUCUUUAAUAUGUGUUUAAUAUAAGCGAGGGAGCAAUUGAGAGUGUAUAUAAACUUUAUACUAUAAAGUAGCAAAAAUAAAAUUGCUGUGCGCUCUUGAGUUCAUUGUCUAAGUGAAUCUGAGGUGAACGGUCUAGCUUGAUUGCAUCAUGUUCCAGAAGAGAAAUCCGGGUAAAACAUGAUGAAAUCAGCGCCAUGGUGAAUUCAGUGCAGAUUACAUCGUGUUCUUGAAGAAAAGUCCGAGUGAUGUAACCAAGUCUAAAAAAGGGAUACCCCCAGAUAUCGAUUCUUAUAUAAGAAUCUCGCAAGGCAUUCACAAGAAACAUACAAAAUACCUGUCAGCUUUACAUACGUUUCUGAUAAGAUUUUCAUAUAAGAUGUUCACUGGUUUUUAUAAGAAACUUAUAAGAAUCUUAUAUAAGAAUCUUAUCAGAAACUUAUAAAAAUUCUUGUAGCAAGUGGUUGAACUUUCCAAGGAACGGGCUUAACUUACUUGAAAUUCUGCAUAAUUGUUGGUGCUGAAAGAAUUGAAAAUAAGUUCUUCAAUAUUUUAGUUGUCUAUGUAGGAUUUUUUGAUCUUAGCAGAACUCGAAAUGAGAAGCCCAAUCAUUUCCUCGUUGCUUUUUCGAAGAGCGUGUUUAUAGUUCUUCUUUUCUGAUAUUUAUACCUUUUAUUAUAUCUUUAUUUUUGUUACUUUGUCCACCUUUGGCUUGAGUCAUUGUUAUACGGUCGCGAACCUUUGAUGACCCUCGCUUUUCGUAAAUAAAAUAAAAUAAAUUAAUAAGUCUGUGAAGAACUGUAUUAUCUAUUUAUUACAUGAUAUUUUACCCGGUUUUUUCUUCGGGAACAUGGUGCAAAGGGUGGAAAGUUUGAUGCAUAAUGAGUAUCUAGCAACAUGGCGAAAGUCCAUAUGAUCGGGAAAAGUUCAACAAAUUGAUUACAUUAUGUUCGCGAAGAAACGUCCGAGUAGAACAUGGUGUAAUCAGGGCUGAAAAGCGGACCCAUCCCCCAUACUUAUUUCAAGACGCAAAGGAAAUUUGUCUGAUUUUCGGACGGAAAAAUGUCUGACUUCCUUGUAGCAAGUGCUCCAAUUCUCAGGCAUAUGUGCAUAUUUUUAAUUAGCUAUUAAAAUAAAGAAAAUGGGUUAAUGAAUUGUUGUCCUUCAUGUUAGGCGGCGUUUCUAUAGUCACGUGCAUUUAUUUUUAAUUAUCGUAGAAAGCACCGUUUUUGAUCCGCUUUGCGCUUAUUCUACGCGCUGGGGUAUGCUAAACUUAAUUUUAAUAUUUGCAGCUGAAGCAAGUAGUUUAAUUUCGCUGAAUUUUGCUAUGUACGAUACACUGAGUACCUGCUAGUGCAAUUGGUUCUUAUGGCGCCAAUGAGAGGGAUGUCAUGGACUGUAAAAGUGAAAUUUACUAUGGAAAAUCGUAGUGACUCCUUCAGAAACUCAGGAUAGAAUUAUAAGAAGCCCGCAGUCGGAUUCGUGGUACUACUGCAGAUCAAGCACACCUUUAUAUAUAAAAGUAUAACAGAACAGAAAAGAAAUGUUAUUGGAUUAAAUAUCAAUCGAUAAUGAUGCUGAUUUAAAAGUGAAAUAGAUGACCGUACAGAUGAGUGUCGUAGAUGGUGAUAGUGUAUAUAUAUGACAUAUGUACAUUAAG